UCUUCUUCCACCCUUGCUCGGACCAUUCAUUGCCUGCCUUCUAUUUUCCUUGGACAUUGCUGUGCUUGGGCGAGCGAGGUAGCCAUUCUAUCCUCCUAUAGGAACAACAACAAGAGGAAGAAGGACACGGCACGGGCAUCAGGGCAUGGCGGCCGCUGUGUCCUUCUCCCGGCUGCGGGCCCUCCCCACGUGGUCCAGCUCCGUGUCCGGCUCCGGCGACGACCACCCCCACUCCUACCCCGUGGUGGCCAUGUCGCGGCCCCGGUCUAGUGCGCGGCCGCUUCGGUCGUCGGCGCGGAUGAUGGGCAACGUGAACGCCGGGAAGGGUCUGUUCGCGCCGCUGGUGGUGGUGGCGCGCAACAUCAUCGGCCGCAAGCGCUUCAACCAGCUGAGGGGGAAGGCAAUCGCACUGCACUCGCAGGUCAUCACUGAGUUCUGCAAGACCAUCGGCGCCGACUCCAAGCAGCGGCAGGGCCUCAUCCGCCUCGCCAAGAAGAACGGGGAGAAGCUCGGAUUCCUGGCCUGAUCCAUGACACUCUCUCCCUAUAUAUAUAAUUAAAUUAUAUAUAUAUAUGUACACACACAUACUGUAUGUGCUACUUAUGAGUGAAAGUACAAGUACUCCGUCCAUCAUCCAGUACUCCGUCCAGUGGUGAAGAGAAAAAAAGAAAACAAGUGAUCGAGAUGCUUCUGUUCCAUUAUUCAGUUUCAGAUGCUUCGCAAGUGAUCGAUGCUAGCUAGUAGCUGCUUGUUGCUUCUUCAUUUAUGUAUGUUCUUGGACAUUGCGUAGUAGCAUUUCAUUUCAUUCAGGACCUGAUUGAUGGGAUGACGAUGCGUCCCAAUCCCAUUCCCAGCAUGCAUGUACGUCAAUUAUUAUUACAAGGAGCUAGUAUUUGUAUUCA